CAUCUGACAUACCCAUGCUUCUGGUGUCGGUUGAUAUCGGCACCGCUGCCUACACUGUCCGAAUCACUGAUUUGGCCAAUAUUUGGGUCGAAAGCCUGGACCGAAAGGCCAUCUUCAUGAGGGGGUGGAGCGAGAACACAAGCAUUGACCCGAGUGACACGCCCGAGAACAUGGCCAAAUUCCUUGGUAGCUUGAGAUCGGCCCUAGAUCCCACUCAACCGGGUCAUGAGCAGACUGCUCUCACCCUGUCACCAGGCUCUUCCGCAGAAGCUGGCGAGGACGGCCUGUCCCUUCUGGUUACUUGCCCGCUCCCAGGAUUCCAGCCCCUGAAAUGGCCUAUUCAUCUUAAGAAGUCUCCUCCAUCGGCUAUUGCUACUGAUCUCGUCUUACCUCUGCUUGAAGCACAAUUCGCUAGAAAGGAAGAAGUGAAAGCGCUAUUGCAGGAGAUGAGUCACAAAGAUACAGUCAUAACUAAGCUGGCCGAUAAGCUGGAAGCGACCGGGACUGGCCUGGAGCAUGUUUUCACGGCUCUUUCAGGGAAAAAGAAAGUGACAAGAAGCGCUGCAGAAGAGAAAGUAAAGGGACUGGCCCCUUUUCGCAAACAUAAUUGGAAAGCGAGCCUCAAAUCAGAUGAAAACAGCCCAACCAAUGUUGGCGAUCUUGCAAGGAAUGUGUUUGGCGGAGAAGGCCUGAACAAACGAUGUUUGAUACAGGUAGACGCUUCUCCAGCACUGGAUACGUGGUGGCAUGAUUUCAAGGGCACGUCACAACUGGUGCGUCGUAGCAAACAGCAAAUAGCAUCACCUACGAAAAGAUUGCCAUCGCCAUCUACCAAAUCGAUGAACGUGGAAGAUGAUGAUGAUUUUCAAGUCCAACCCACGCCUCCUCAUCUUCAGUCAAAAAACAAGAGCUCGCCCAUAGCCCUUGCUGAUGAUGCGUCUACAGAAGAUGAGGAGGAAAUGGCAGUGAAACUUCCACCAGAGCCCGGUGCAAAGAACGCUGCAUCGUCACAAGAUACCAAGACAAAUCGCUUGCCGGCAACGACGACACCAGUCCCAGCAGAUGAGGACGAGACAGCAUCCGAGGCUAGCGAUGAUGAAAUGAUUACAAGCCACGGUCCAUCUUCUUCUUUACCCGCGCCAGCUCAUCCCAAACCCAUCACCAAGGCGGGAGGGCUAGGGCGCAUCGGCGGUGCUGCAACAAAAAUACGUGCCACAGAAGCGGCAGAAGCUGCCGAAGUGAAGGAGGACACCGAGAAGCAGGCAACCAUAAAGCCUCAGGCGCCAAAGAAGCUGGGAGUUAUCGGAAAGAAAUCUGAUACUGGAGGCUCCAAAACGUCAAUAGGGGAUAACAGUGCAAAACGAGGCCGCCCAGCUGAGCGCGAGGAGUCCCAAACUGAGGACCAACCUAGAGAAACCUCACAGGAACGCGCUGAUCGGAGACGCGAAGAAUUGAAGAAUGAUCUUCAACGAAAAGCAGCAGCCGGUCCUGCUAAAAAGAAGAGGCGAUUCUGA